UAUCUGUAGGAUAUUUUUUUGGAAAUGGAUUCAGAGUCCUGUAACCGAGCUUUCUCCCAGGCCCGUGUAUAUCUUGAACAAAUUCGAAGCCGGGUUGCACCAGGGAGUAUUGACAUACAUGGUCCUGGGAAGCGCGACUACCUGGUGGAUGCAGCUAAGCAGAUCCGUCUGGCUCUGGAACGGGAUGUAAGUGAAGACUAUGAAGAAGCAUUCAACCACUACAAGAAUGGUGUGGAUGUGCUGCUCAGUGGGGUGCAAGUGGAUCCUAACAAAGAGCGCCGUGAAGCCGUGAAGAGGAAGAUCACCCAAUACCUAAAACGGGCAGAGGAGAUCUUCAACUGCCACCUACAAUGUAAUUUGGGGAAUGGCAAUUCUACUGAAACGGGUUACAGCAGUCUUCGCUUUCGUCCGAUAAGGACACUCAGCACACCAGUGGAGAAUCUCAAGCGCUGCAAAGUAGUGGGAAUAAUUGAUAAGGUGCAAAUAGUGCAGGAUCCAGCUACUGGGGACACCUUUAUACUGAAGAGCAUCCCCAAAUCCCAUGUGGAGACCCGGCAAAGGCAGACCAUCAUCCCACAUGGAAUCCCCUUUAUGACAGAAUUAUUGCGCUAUUCUGUAAGUAAGGAUUCCAUCUUCCUCCACUUGGAAUACGUGAAAGGAGGAAACCUCUGGUCAUAUCUUCGCUCCCAUCAUGGUUCUGCCUCUGUCCGUUCUCCCUUACUGAAUCCAAAGCUCACUUCGGAUUUUGGGUAUAUCAGGGAAGAAGAGCACAUAGAAAGCCUUCAUGAAACUGGUUCUGACUCUCAACAGAGCUGCAACAUCUAUCCUGAAAACAAUAAUGACCCAAUUCCUGUAUCUGUAAAUCAUCCCCUGUUGAAAAAAAUGGACUGUUUGAUGUCUAUGAAACAUUCAUCCAGCCAUCUUUCUUCUAGAACCUCAAGUGAGCACAGGUGGCAUACUGAAAAGGCAGGUGGACCAUGGAAGAAGAAUCUAAGCACAACCCACCCCUUUCCUGGUGCUACAGAAUCUACAAGCAAAACCAUACCUCAAGAACAGAAUCACUCAGUCAGCCAGAGACUGACUUUCAGGUCCUGUGAUUCAUUUAUGACAGUUGAUGGCAUUGGAACUACAUCUGGGAAAGAGACUCCUCAGCCAGAACCAAAGCCACAAACAGGUAAAAGAUCUAACCACUCUGCCCUAGAAGUAACAAGAGGAUACAACAAUUCAAAGAGAGAAACUCCAUGGCAAAAUCAGUUUUAUCCUGGAACUCUUGAAGAAGACUAUGGAGAGAAGAUAGAAACAAGAGGAGAAGACGACACUUUUAUGCAGAGGGCACCAGUUCUUGAUCACAAACAUUUCAAAACCCAAGCAACAAUAGGAUGGCAUGGAUCUUUAGUGGAACCAGUUGCCCAAAGCCAUACUCCUCUCAGUUGGGACAUAAAUGAGGAGCAGAUCCAAGUUUGGGCAGCUGAAUUGAUUUUGGCUCUGGAGGGUCUCCACCAACAGGGAAUCUUGUGCCAGGAUCUCAACCCACGAAAUCUGCUUUUAGACGAUACUGGUCACCUCCGUCUCACAUUCUUUGGCCAGUGGAGUGAGGUUGAGCCGCAGUACAGCAGCCAAGCAGUAGAUGAUUUGUAUUGUGCUCCAGAAGUGGGUGGAAUUUCUGAAUUGACAGAAGCCUGUGAUUGGUGGAGUUUUGGAGCACUGCUUUAUGAAUUAUUGAAUGGAGUGUCUUUAUCACAGAAUCAUCCCUCAGGGAUUCAUCCAUACACCCAGAUCUAUCUUCCAGAAAAGCUCAGCCAAUCUGCUUCGUCACUUCUCUCAGAGCUGCUGCAGUAUGAUCCUAAACAACGUUUGGGCUCUGGUGAAAAUGGUGCAAGCAAGAUUAAGUCACACAUUUUUUUCAGUUUGAUUCAAUGGAAUAAGAUGGUUGCAAACUAAGUUCUAAGUGCAAGGGAUGGUAAAAGAAGUAUGCUUGAUAGAACACCAAAUUGAGAAGUUUAUCUGCUGAAUUGUGCUCCAGAUGAUCCACAUCCACUGAAAAGCACUUGUAUAAGCUGUAUGAAUCUGAGACAUCAGCACUGCUACCGUUUAGGGAAGAAUCCACAGAAUUGGGCUGGGAUCUGCGUGCUCAAACUUCUGCUCCUU